AUGGCUGGCCCCGCCUCUCCGGGCACCGAAGGCCCCACGUUCGAACCACCGCAAUUGCCUCCCGGCUGGAUCGCGCAAUGGGACGGCACGAGCAAAAAGUACUACUAUGUCCAGCUCUCCACCGGCGUUUCUCAAUGGGACACGCCUACGCAGGCUGCACCUGGCGGCACUCCUGCCGGACCUGAGCAUCCGUAUGGAGUACCUGGCCAGCAAGAACUCAUCACGCACCCGGAUGGCACACAGACUGUUAAGCACGCUGAUGGGCGCAUGGAACCUCUGCUGCCGACUGACGGUAGCAGAGGUGUUGACGGGCCUUCAGGGGAGAGGGGUAUUGGCAGCUUUGCGACGAACAUACUCCUAAACCAGUUCUCUAGCGGCCAUGGAAAGCAAUCCCACGGUUCGAGUCCUCUUGGCGGCAUUGCUGGACAACUGAUGGGAGGCCUCUCUGGUCAUGGGAACAGCAAUCAGGGCAGUUCGCAUGGCAAUACCAAUAGCCAGGGAAGCAGUAACCCAGCCGGAAAACUUGUCGGCGCACUGGCGUCGCAGAUUUUCUCAAGUGGAAACAAGCAACAACAACCCCAGAACUACCAUGGUGGACAAUCUCAACACUCCCAACACUCCGGUGGCUUUGCUGGCUCUAUGAUGGGCGGGGUUGCGAAUAUGUUUGGUGGGAGUCAAGGACAUUCUGCUAACCAGAAUUACGGUUAUUCCAAUGCCGGCCAAUCGGGAGGGUAUAGCGGCCAAGCACCUCCGACAUCGUACCAACCGCCGAACGCAUCGACCCCUUCGUACAGUUCACCGCAAACUAAUAGUCAACAUGGCAACGCUUCGUACAGCAGCCAACCAACUCAACAACAUGGAACGCCCUCCUUUCCCCCGCCGCCUGGCCAACACGGCGGACAGCAUGGCGCCCCAUCAUACGGUGCUCCCGGUCAACACAACGCUUCCUACAACAGUCCCCCUGGCCAAGGUUACGGGCAUAGCCCGGCGUCCCAAGGCCAACCGUAUCCACAACAACACUCGUAUGGCUCUCCUGCACCGGGCCAACAACACCAACCUCCGUACGGGUCCGUCAAUCAGCAUUACCCACCACCUCCCGGUGCCUACCCUUCCUCAACCGGGCAACACGCUUAUCCAGGACAACCCUCGUAUGCUGGAGGAAAUGCACCACCGGUACCGUCGGGCACGCAUCCGCAUCACGGCCAACAGGGCGGAUACCAACAGAAUUGGUAA